AUGCUCUCCAAAGGACCCCUCGCGCGCCUCUUCCAAAUCCUUGACGUCGUGGCAACGCUGGGGUCUGUCUCGCUCUAUGUGUGGCAAACGUACAAUCCCAGCACGAAAUUGGACUGGAUGCUCACCCUGCAGACCGUCUUCAGCUCCUUCUUUCUCAUCGACUACGUUAUCAACAUCUUCAGCGCCUACUCCUGGGUGCAGUACGUGCUGUCAUGGCAGGGCAUUCUCGACUUCAUCUCGCUGCUGCCUCUCCUCCUCAUCCGCUUGGAUCACCAUGCGGGCACCAGCAAUGGAGUGCGGCUGCCACAGCUCCUCAUCUUCCUGCGUGUCAUCCGCACCAUAUCAAUCGUGAAGGCGGCUCUCACCAUGCGCAAUGCUAUCGCCAAGGAGAUGAUAGCCCUCGGAUUCACCAUCUUCACUGUCUUGCUGGUGGGGGCGGGCAUAUUCCAGUUCGCAGAGUACUGGGGCACCAGCGAGGCAUACAAGGUGGAGAACGACUGCCCUGCCAGCGGCUGCACCAACUUCUUCGACUCGUUCUAUUUCAUGGUAGUCACGGGGGCGACGGUGGGAUACGGUGAUGUGACGCCGCAUUCAUCAUGGGGGCGGGUGGUGGCCGUGUUCACAAUCUUCGCAGCCCUCACGUACAUCCCGCUGCAGAUUGGCCGCCUCGUUGAACUCGCCUCCAACCGCCCCUACGGCGGGUGGCUGUCACGGUAUCGCACGGUGGGGGUGCGGUUUGUGGUGAUCUGGGGGGUGUCGUCUGUGGAGUGUGCGCGCGACCUGCUCUGCUCCUUCUUCUCGCCGCUGCACAACGGCCGAGUCCCCGUGUAUCCACUCAAGGUGGUAUUUAUGGGUCCAGACCCGCCCUCCUUUGCCUUGAAGGCACUGCUGGGAUUCUUCCAGGGCAAGGCGCACUACAUGCAGGGGCAGAUGGACCGUCCAGAUGACUUUGAUCGUGUGGCUGCCAGGGACGCCCUCGCCAUCUACCUCCUGGCCAAUAGGAGCGCAGAGGACCCAGAGAGCGAGGACACGGCGCAGCUCAUUCGAGGCCUCGUGGCUCACCGCUCGUGCCGGGGGCGUGUGAGAGUGGUGGUGGAAUUGCUGCGCCCGCAGGUGGAGGGGAGGGGCGCGAUGUGGGGGGAGGUGGGCGCGUUGGAGCUCUUUUGCACGGACCCCACGCGCUUCUGCCUCCUCGCCCGCAGCUGUGAGGUGCCAGCCGUCAGCACGCUCAUCACCAACCUCUUCUCGUCGGGCCCGCCGCUGCCGCCUCUGCGAGCCGCCCCACACCUGAACGAGUACAUGCAGGGCCAGCAGAUGGAGGCCUUUCCAAUGCUGCUGCCCUCGGCCUUCCAUGGCAUGCUCUUCGAAGCGCUGGUGGAGGUGAUCUAUCGCGCGUACCGAGUCAUCUUAUUCGCAGUCGACAUCUGCCUCGAUGAAACGCCAGAUGAAACGCCAGACGAAACGCCCGAUGAAACGGCAGUUGAGACGCGUCUGCCCCACAGUCUCCCCCUCCCCUGCUCCUCAAAGCCGCUCUCCACCCCUUCCAUCGUGCACUAUGGCCCCCGCCUGCACCCCCUCAAGAAAUUCGUCCGCUCAUCCUCCAUCUUCCCUGCUUCCUUUGGUGUGCGCGGAGAGGAGGGGAGGCAAGAGGGCGUGCCGGAGGGGGAGCAGGGAGCAGAGGAGGAGAGGCAAGUAGUAGGAGGGGAUGGGGAUGGUAGGGGGAGGGCAGCAGGGAAUGGUGCUGCUGGCACGUUGCGGAAAAUCUUUUUGUUUCCACGGGGGCAUGUGAUUGGUCCGCGGGACGUGGGGCAUGUGAUAGCGCCGGAUCUUGGUACAGUGGAGAAGAUCUCCCGGGCGGCGCAUGCGCUGUCUGCAAGGGCGGCGGGCGGUAGCUGGGGCGGCAUGCGCCGACCGUACACAGGGAGUGGGGAAGGGCGGGAUAUGGAAGAUCCAUUUGAGAAAGUUGUUGACAUUCAUGAGGAAAGGGGGGACAAGGAGGAGAGGGAGGGGAACUGGAAGGAGGGGGAGGAGAAUUGGGAAGAGAGGGAGAGGCGUCAGGGUGGCACCAAACCCUUCAGAGUUUCCAAGGGGCGUCCCCAGGCCGCCAAGCUUAUGCAGCUGAUUGGACAAGCGUGUGCCACGUGGGCCCGCGCUCCCAGCGCUGCCUGGUCUUCAGAGGCCCUGCUGACGUGGCGCCACAUCAGCUUUGAAAGCGUGGGUGAACGGGUGAGUGGGGAGGAGAGCGCAGAAGGAUUGGGGGAGGAGGGGGACGAGGAGGAGGUGGAGGCGGGGGCGGAGGCGGAGGAGGAGGAAGAGGCGGAGGCAGUAGGUGGACGGGUGAGUGGGAGUGGGGGAAGCAGGGCAAGCGGAGAGGCGGAGGAGGGCAAGGAUGAUGGCGGCAGGAGGAGCAGUGGUGGGAAGAACAGCAGCGACAGAAGCAGCCAUGGGAAGAACAGCGGUGAAAGAAGCAGCAGUGGGAAGCGAAGCAGCGGGAGGCGCAGCAUGUCUGAGUGGCUGUCAGAGGAGUCGCUGGCUCGCCAGCUGUUCCAAGCCAUGCGUGCCGCCGCCUCCCAACGCACCUCCCUCCUCCUCUCCCGCUCUGCCUCCUCCUCCCGGCGUGACUCUGCCCCUUCCGCCCGUCCCGCCUCGGCCUCUUCCUCCCACCCCACCUCUGCCUCAUGGCCCCGUGGGCCCUCGCACGCGCCCCUUCCUUACUCCUCGCCCCAGCGUGGGGAAGAGGAGUGGCUGAGCGGGGAGGGAGAGGCGGCGGAAGGGGGAGAGGAGAGCAGCGAGCAUGCUGCAGAGCAGCCGGGCAAUGACGAGGCGCUCAUGGCCAAGAGCAGGGCUCUGGCGCGGCAAAUAUCAAGAAAAGUGUCCUCCCGUGCACUGUCCCGUUCACUCUCCCGCGCUCCCUCCGGUGCUCUCUCCUCCCGCUCCUCCACCCGCUUUGCCCGCCAGCCCUCCCUGGCAUCCGCUUCCAUCUCUGCUCCCUCAGCGCCCCAGCCACUGCCACUCGCGGCGUCAGUCAGUGCAGUCCUGGACUGGCCUCCCGCUAGGCCCUCCCGCCGCCUCUCGCUCUCCUCUCGCCGCGCCUCACUCUCCUCUCGCCGUUCCUUGGCCCCCUCUCACAGUGCCUCGCUCGACUCUCGCUCUCACACCAACACGGUUGCUCCAAAGGGCUUGAGCAGAUACACGAGCGCAGUUGGCUCGAGUAUAGACGCACCAGGCGUAGGAGUGGGGGCAUGUAGCCGCACAGAAGCAGGUCCUGAAAGCAUUGGAGCAGCAGGAGAAGUAGGCCCUUCUGGCCAGCAAGAAGCAGGACUUGGGAGUGUGGAUGAAGCAGGCUCGGAAACAGAAGGCGAGGAAGCAGCAUGGGUGGACGCAGCAGGCUUGGAAGCAGCAGCAGCCAGUGUACUGGACACAGAGCCUCCUGCCCUGCCCGCCCGCCCACACCCGUCCACGCUGCAGCGCAACCGCAGGAAGAUCGCGGCCCACCUGGAGAGCCGCACGCUGGCAGCUGUUGAUGGGGUGUUGCCCCGCGCGCACGUGCUGGUGCUGCUGCAGGGCGAAUGCUGGCCGCACUCCCUUCACUACUUUGUGACCUUUCUUAGGAGGAAUGAGGGCUCGUGGGGUGAAGGAGGAGGAGAGGGAGAAGGCGGGUCGUUUAAGGAGGGAGCAGGGGAACGGGAUGAUGUGGAAGGGGGAGAUGAAGGGAGGAGGGAGGGCGUGGAGGGGUGUGUACCGAUUGUGUUUCUGCGGUUACACGAGCCGAGUGAGGAGCAGUGGGGGUGUGUGGGGCACCACCGCCACGUGUACUUCGUCAGAGGCUCGCCCAUCUCCACCAUGGACCUCCUUCGAGCCGGCGCUCUCAUUGCAGCCAAGAUCGUAAUAAUGGCGUCAGACACCGUUGCCUCGCCCAGCACGGUGGGGGCAGCAGGGGAGGAGAGCGAGGGCAGCAGCACAGCAGGGGCAGCGGUGGACCCAUCCAUAUUCGCGCAGGACGUGGAGAACGUGCAGAUCGCUGCCGCCGUGCACCGCCUCCUCUCCUCCCACUCCUCCUCCGCCUUCCAACCAGACUUGCACCACACCAGCACCGCCUCUUCCAUUUCCUUGUCCCACCAGCACUACUCCACGGACUCAACAGCGCCCUUGCACCCCACGCAGCCCUCACAGCCCUCGCACCCCCCAGAGAGCGCGCACAGCAGCAGUGUGCUGUGCGAGGUGCAGCACGAGGAGAGCUUCCAGUUCCUGCCGCCGCUCAGCGUGCUGCACGGAGCACUGCGGCAGUGGCGAGUGUCCCGCCGCACCACUCUCAUCAACUACUCACUGCUGCUGCGCUGCGCCCCCGCUUUUAUUGACGGCCGUGCCUCCUGCCCUGCUGGCCUGCUCUUCCUCAUCCACGGAGCCCUGUUGAACCGCAACCUGAGUGCAGUGGCGGACCUGCUCAUUGCAGGCGGCGCUAUUUAUGCUCCACGGGAAGCCGAGGAGCUUCUCACGCAGCACCGGCAGCAGCAAGAGCAACAGCAAGAGCAGGAGCAGGAGCAGCAGCAGCAAGAGCAGCAAGCACAUCAGCAACCCACAUCUCCUAACACUGCCGCACCUGCUCCGUCCAACGCUCUCCCCACCAGCACCUCCCCAUCCAACUCCCACCCCAACCCUCGGCACCGCUCUGCACCACUCAGGAGAGAGCUGGUGCUUGUGGCAGUACCAGCAGAGUUCAUAGGAGGCCCGUUCGAGAGUCUGUUUGUGGGUCUGCUGCAGCGGUACGGGCAGCUGGCAGUGGGGCUGUACCGUGGUGGACGACAGGGGGGCCCUCCAGUGCCCUAUGUGGCCACCAACCCCGCUGCUGAUGCCACUGUGGGGUGUCACGACCAAGUGUAUGUGGUGCGGUAA